GGCGACGGGGGUCCCGGGGAGGGAACGCCUUGCGCCUCUCCGCCCGCUCGUUGCCUCCUCCGUCCCAAAGAGCCUCGCCUCGGACCUGGCCCGCGUCAAGGCUCCCAAACUCCGCGUAGCCCGGCCCGUCGAAGGAGAGCCAGCCAGCGAACGAGCGAGCGAGCGAGCGAGAGAGCCAGGUCCCUCCGUCGGGUCUCGGUCUGGGGGCCGGCCCUGGCAUGAUCAGCUGAGCCGGGGCCUGGGAGGCAGGAGGCGGCCGUCGGGCGGGGGGCGCAGCGUGGGGGCACCAUGUCCAAGCCCUCGGACCACAUCAAGCGCCCGAUGAACGCCUUCAUGGUGUGGUCCCGGGGCCAGCGUCGGAAGAUGGCCCAGGAGAACCCCAAGAUGCACAACUCGGAGAUCAGCAAACGCCUCGGGGCGGAGUGGAAGCUGCUCUCGGAGGCCGAGAAGCGGCCCUACAUCGACGAGGCCAAGCGGCUCCGCGCGCAGCACAUGAAGGAGCACCCCGACUACAAGUACCGGCCCCGCCGCAAGCCCAAGAACCUGCUCAAGAAGGACAGGUACGUCUUCCCCUUGCCUUACCUGGGCGACCCCGAUCCCCUCAAGGCGGCCGGGCUCCCCGUGGGCUCCGUCGGCUCGGCCGCGGACUCCCUGCUGGGCUCGGCCGAGAAGGCCCGCGCCGCCGCCUUCCUGCCGCCGACCUCGACGCCCUACUCGCUGCUGGACCCCGGGCAGUUCAGCUCCAGCGCCCUGCAGAAGAUGACCGAGGUGGGGCCCCACGCCUUGGCCGCCGCCGCCGGCUCCCUGCCCUACGCCUCCAGCCUGGGCUACCAGAACGGGGCCUUCGGGGCCCUGGGCUGCCCCAGCCAGCACACCCACACCCACCCCUCGCCCACCAACCCCGGCUACGUCGUGCCCUGUAACUGUACCGCCUGGUCGGCCGCCUCCAGUUUGCAGCCGCCCGUGGCCUACAUCCUCUUCCCGGGCAUGACCAAGACUGGCCUCGACCCCUACGCCUCGGCCCACGCCGCCGCCAUGUAACGGGCAACAACGCCAGCAGCAACGGCAGCAGCAACUGCAGCAACAACAACCGACCGACCCCCCUGAACCCACUGACAGACCCCCAGCCACACAGGAGCCAAGCCUGGCCAGCCACUGGGCAACUGGAGUGGCAAGCCCGGCCUUGGACGGGCAUCUAGCAGAGCCAGGCUCCAGAAAACAGACAGAGAUAUUUUUUUUGGGGGGGGGGGGGGACAACACACACACACACACACACACAACCUAAAGGAAAGCCACCUGACUAAUGCCCUGGGGACCUGGUUUUCACCUCGGGAAAGACUGCUUCAGACUCUCAUGCCUUGAUCUUAUUUAUUUAUAUAUUUUUGUUUCGUAAAGGGCGGGGGUGUGUGGGGGUGGGACUCUAAGACUUUGUAAUUUAACCCAAAACAAAAACCAAUUCACACACAAAAGGUGUUUUUCUCUCCCCCCCCCCCUUUCUCUGCACUUGGGGCUCUAAACCUAUUCACAGAAAGGUGUUUUUUCUUUCUUUCUUUCUGCAAUGGGGCUCUUAACCUAUUCCCAAAAAGGUGUUUUUCUCUCUCUCCGCACUUGGGGCUCUAAACCUACUCCCACAAAAAUGCAUUGUUUAUUUCUUUCUGUCGGUACUUGGGGCUCUAAACCUAUUCGCAGAAAGGUAUUUUUUUUCUGCACUUGGGGCUCUAAACUAUUCCCCAAAAGGUGUUUUUCUUUCUUUCUUUCUGCACUUGGGGCUCUUAACCUACUCACUCAAAAAAGUAUUUUUCUUUCUUUUUGAGCUUGAGGCUCUAAACCUACUCACUCAAAAAGGUAUUCCCCCCCCCCCUGUCUUUCUGAACUUGGGGCUUUAUACCUACUCCCACAAAAAAGGUGUUUUCCCUCUCUCUGCACUUGGGGCUCCGAGGCGCCCGAAACUUGUAAGACUUGUAAAUGUGUCAAACUUUUAAUUGCUCUUUUGGACCAGAAGGUCAAACAUCUCUGAUUCUUUCUUUCUUUGUUUCUUUUUUUAAAAUAAUAAUAUAUUAUUUAUUACCUUUAUGUCUAUGAGUUUAUAUAUGAUCGGAUAUGAAUCGGACUUGAAUUCUUAAAACCCUGGAAGUAUUCUGACUUGACUUAAAUGGUUUCCUCUCUCUCUCUCUCUCUUUUUUGGUUUUGCACAUUCAAAGGCAAGAUUUAGCUGUUGUUAUAUAUAUCUAUAUAUCUAUAUUUUACCAUCCAGCACUAAUAGAUUUUAAAAAAUUGCUUUUCAUGUCAAAAAA